CGAUGGCGACGAGUGACACGGGAAGGGCCCAGCAGCAGAUUGAUGAAAUUGAAGCCCUUUCGUCUAUCUAUGGUGACGAUUGGUGUGUUGUUGAUGAAGAUGAAAAGAUCUAUUGCAUUAAGAUCACUGAUUGUCUGGAUCAACCAAAAUGGACCCUCUGUUUGCAGGUGAUUUUGCCACCAGGAUAUCCAACUUCAGAGCCACCUAUYUAUCAACUAAAUGCYCCUUGGCUUCGAGGACAAGAUUAUACGGAACUAGCAAAUAGCUUGGAAGAAAUUUAUGUACAGAACCUUGGUGAAAGUAUACUAUAUUUGUGGGUGGAGAAGAUACGAGAAGUUCUGAUAGAAAAGGCACAGUCUUCAGAUCCAGAACCAGAUAUUAAGAAAACCACUGAAGAAGUUGAUGAAGAUGGUGAAGAUGACUUUUUCCUAGACUAUCAGCCCGUUCAGGAAGAUCAAAUUAAAGUGUUAAAUUAUGUGACAUCUGAWAGUCAGGAAGAUGAAGAACUGCCACCCAUACAUCAUGGAAACCCAAUCACAGAUCGAAGGAGCACUUUCCAGGCACAUCUGGCUCCAGUGGUGACAACCAGACAAGUAAAAAGAGUUAUUGAAAAAUUAUACGAGAACAAGAAAAUUGCAAGUGCUACCCACAACAUAUAUGCAUACAGAAUAUACUGUGAAGAUAAGCAGACAUUCCUACAGGAUUGUGAAGAUGAUGGAGAGACAGCAGCGGGUGGACGUCUUCUUCAUCUUAUGCAGAUUUUGAAUGUCCACAACGUGUUAGUUGUGGUGUCCCGCUGGUAUGGAGGCAUUCUCUUGGGACCAGAUCGUUUCAAACACAUAAACAAUUGUGCAAGAAAUGUACUGGUGGAAUAUGACUAUGUGCCAGCAAUGGAAGAAUCAUCUAGACAGUCUGGAAAGAGCAAAAAGAUAAGGAAGGACAACAAGAAGAGAACAGAACACUAAUUUAUUUUUAAAAAAUCUUUAAGAGAAUAUUUUGCACAUAUUUAUACAAAGAAAACCUGKACCUUGUUGCCUUAUCUGAUAGAAUGGACAUGUUGUGUUCAGAAGAGAAUUUAGUAAAGCCAUAGAUAUAUUUUUAUCUUGUUUUGUGAUUUCUUCUGCUGUUCUGAAGUAGAGCUUAGACACAAGUUUUCUGUUUCUUACACAUUUGAGCUCCUUGUUAGGAGCACAGUGCAUCRUCUGGAACCACUACUCCAUCCUACCCCUUCCCACCAAAAAACAGUUGACUAAUUGAAAAYGUAGAUUUCUCAUCUUCUCCAUUCCUGGUUUUGAAUACCUGUCUUGUAUUAUUAAUUGAGUUCUUUAGUUUGUUGUAUUGAGAAUAGGACUAGAGUCAUUCAUACACCAGGUCGUUUACAAAGUUUUUGAUACUCUUUUGUGAAAGGAAGGCGUGGGGUCAAGUUCUGUGUUUGGAGUGCCUGAUCCUGCCUGUGCAAUUCCUGAUCAAAAUAGAUAGGGCCAGCUUGGUGAACAUGGGCAGUGAGCUAAGAAAUGUGAUCAAACUGCUCAGAAUUUUUUCGAGCAUUUUUCUCUGAUGGUUGGCACUCCAGGAGCCUGUUGAAAAGAUGAGAAUUUAGUGUUGCAUAAUUAAAGGAACCAGUGAAAGAGGCCAUACACAUCAUCCACUCAGUAAGCAAAGUGAAUUCCCCCGUCCUUUAAAAUGUCUGGAAAUGACCCAUCAGAGUGGUAAUGCAUAUGUAUUUUCACAUAAUUUCUUUCAUAGAAAGUGUGAAGUGCUGUCUGUCUUGCAGACACUUUUGGUUAGAGAAGUUUCAUUCUCUUCCUAUUUUUGUUUGCAAGUAUUUCCYAAGUUUAAACUUCCUUUAUUCUAAGAGGAUCCCACAGGGGAAAAAGAUUACAAAAAUGUCUGCCAACAACUCUUUUAAUUCUGCUAAGACAUUAUUUUUAAUGUUAAACUGAAGCAGCAGUUUUAACCAUUUUUGUAAUCAAAAACUGUAAGUUUUUUUAAGACAUACUGCCUACUUGUGGCAGAAUUUGAAAUUUCAUUAUCUGGCAAAAUGAAAAAGGGAUUGUAGAAUUAAUUUAUAUCUAAAGUACAGUUGCCUGUCACAAAAAUAUGUCAAGAAGAGUCAAACAUGAUCAUUAGCCACAUAAGGAAAACAUGGAUUUUUGCUUUUAUUUUGUCUUUUUUGGCUACUCUUACCUUUUAUUUUACUGUUUUUUCCUUGUUAUUCUUAAAAUGAAUGGGCAGUAUAGCUGAAAACAUGUUAGCCUUUUGGUGUGUUCAUCUGUGCUAUGUGUUUAUUGCCUAGCAUGUCUGUUUCAGUAAAAAAAUAAAGUUUAGUAGCUACUUCUAUAUUUUCCUAGCUAGAUGUGAUCUAGACUGAUUUAAUCAUAGUCAUAGCCACACACACAAAAAAAAUCUCUAAAAGCUCAUAAAGUGGGUGUCCUAACAGACUUCAUGUGGGUAGAUGCCUUGUGACACACAGACUUUCCAAGCAUGGUGGAAGAGUUGGAUAUUUAAGAUUUCAAGAAAUCAAGCUAGAUCUAAGAUCCAGUAAGAAAUUUUGAGGGAGAAGGAAUAAAAUUGGUAGCUAUAUACUUCUGGAAAGCACUCCAAUAUUUAAGCCAUGUGGCAAGGUCAGCUGGUUCUCAUGAGAAACAGUGAAACUGCUGAAUUUCCUSUUGGGGCUUCAGUAUGGCUGACACAAGAAAGGCUACUGGUAUUAGUAAUUGUGCCAUAUUGUGUUUUCUGCAGUACCUGGACAUGAAAUAAAGCUUAAACCAGUAAUGGACGUACAUGCUGUGAAGAUAUUUGUAUGGAUAAUAAAGUUUUGCAUUUUUGUACUGCUGCCAUUCAAACAUUUAGUAGAAGCACUUGGCAAAUGCUAAUUAAUUUGUUCCCACAUCAGAGGCAAAAGCAUGACAGCCAACGUUUUUCAGAUUUAAGUAUCUAAAAUUAGACACCAAAGUGUUUUUAAAAUSCAUAAUAAAAAUGAUUGAAUUUUUACAACUGUAGAAUACUCACAGCUCUCUGCAAGUGGCUCCAUUACUCAUGCAAAAUGUAAGCAUUUGUGGAAGACAAUUUUUCACACCAGUGUGAAAGAAAAGCCUCAUCCUGUUAAAGUUAAUUACCAAGCUCUCAUUCUCAUUCAGGGAGUCCGUAUUUAGUUCCAUGSUUCUGGGGCUACAGCAGCUGAUGCWGUGUCACUGAGGCUGCUGGUAAUAUUUUUKAAACUGAUUUUGGUGAGAGUUUUGAACUGAUCUCUGAGAGUUGGACCAUUACAGGUUAACUGCUCUGGUAAGUAAUUAUAUGAAUGGUUAUUUACAUCGUAUUAGUUUUCAGCCCCAGAAUCCACAAAAAGCAGAACAGCAACAGAAGARCAAAGUUGACCAUGCAUUUGAUCAGCAAAAAAAUUUAAUACUGUAGAGAGAGAGACCACAGUCUUGCUGAAUUGCAACAAUGUCAGAUAAACAAGGAUGAAAUCAUAGUUUAAAUUCUCAAUAAAAUACAUAUACACAGGAUUAAGAAAAAAAAUUUAGAAAAUGUUGUAUGUAGUGCUAGCAGGCAAAACACAUCAGGAARGGAGGGGGGAAAGCAAGAGGGAACCUCAAAUCAGCCCUCCUAACCUCCAUAGAUAAGAAUCAGGUUGCUUARAGAAGAACUUGCAUUUUAAAAUAUGAGCUUGAAAAAGCCACAUAUUUCUUAACCAGAACUCUGCUAGAGUUCUACAUGCUAUAAAAAUUUCUAAGAUAACUAGAUUUAUC